AUGGCAUUUGAGGUGUCGUAUGAUCUCGAGAAUGAGCAACAAUUCUGGGAUGAACUCGACGAUAUAGUCUCGACGCGCUGUCACCAGCACGACAUUAUCGACAACUCCCUCCGAUCCUUCCUUAAUGUUACCACCAACUAUAGAUCCGAAUACCUCCAAACCGAUUUCAGCGUUGCCAAAUGCAUAUUUCGCAUGCUCGAGGGCGAACUCUUCGCUUCCAACAAGGAAUAUGUGCGGCGGCAGAUAAUAUAUUGCCUCUUGCAGGAAGACGAUAACCCUACUCUCCACAUAGUCGCCGCAUUCCUCCUAUACGAUGGCCGCAAUAGCAAAGAUGACGACAUCUUUGACAUGAUGCACUCGGAGGGCACAUUUGCUAGACUUGUUGAGUUGGUACAGACGCAGAGCGUGCAGGAGGAGACUACCGUGCAUCAACUACUCCUCCAACUGCUUUACGAAUCUUCACGAGUUCAACGAUUGACGUGGGACGACUUCGCGGCGGUGAAUGACGCGUUCAUCCUCUACCUGUUGGAGAUCAUAGAAGGUGCCUCUGAUGAUGCUGAUGACCCUUAUCACUAUCCUGUGAUACGUGUUUUGCUGGUUUUGAACGAGCAGUACCUUGUGGCCUCCACUAGCCGUCAUACCGACGGCCGGCCUGGCAUAACGAACAGGGUCAUCAAAGCUAUCUCGACGCAUGGCUUGACAUACAAGACUUUCGGAUGCAAUCUGAUUCUCCUUCUGAACAGGGAGUCGGAGACAUCCCUUCAGCUUCUAAUUCUCAAAGUGCUUUAUCUUCUGUUCGGCAACCCUUCUACUGCCGAAUACUUUUAUACCAACGAUCUUCAUGUCUUGGUCGAUGUCAUUCUCCGGAACCUCAUAGAUCUACCCCACGACUCAGCCGCGGCAAAUGCAUUACGACAUACCUACCUCCGAGUUCUACACCCCAUUCUUAUGCACAGCCAGAUCAGCAAGCCACCUCACUAUAAGCGUGACGAGCUACUGCGGCUCCUUCAUCUACUUGUCACCAGCGGCAACCAUUUUGCACCCGUUGAUGAGACUACCGUGCGACUUGUGAACCGAUGCACCAGUGUGCACUGGUUACAGCCUCCAGCUGCUGCCGCUGGGGACGGCUCGGCCAACGGUCAUAGUACCACACAGUCUCCAGUUGACCAUGUGGCGAGUGGUCAAAAAGAGUACGCGCGACGAGCGCUGGGCAUGACCGUGCAAGGUAGCAGCGAGAGUUCUACGAGCGUCUUGGAAAUUGCAGGCCACACUGCGCAACCUGGUGUACAAACGCCGAGUAUGUCGAAGGUGGCGCAGUAA